AUGGUUAAGUUGCUUGAGAGUCGGCCAGAGCAGGUACCCAAGGACAGACAAGAUCUGCAGGGGCAGGCAACGUCAUCAGUAGGACCGACGGUUGCAGUACCGAUCCUUCCAGGCGGAUCUUCGAGAUUAUGUUUAUAUAACUGCACUGGGUUCCUUAUUUUCAAUGCUAUUGGUGGGGGCACUGGAUCUUGUCUGGGUUUUUUCGUAAUUUUAGAGCGUUUGUCAGUUGAUUACGGCAAGAAAUCCAAGCUGGUUUUCGGGUCAGUGUCUAUCCAGUUCCUCAAGUCUCUAAUUCUGUUGUUGAGCCCUACAAUAGUGUUUUCUCAACUCACUCUUUUGGAGCACACCGAUGAAACUUUCUCCUCUUUGACUGCUUCACUUAGGUUGGACGGUGCAUUGAACGUUGAUGUAACAGAUUUCCAGACCAACUUGGUCCCCUACAAACUAUCGGAUUCUAAUUUGGAGUUUAUCAAGAAUGAAAUAAUUGGAAACUCAAAGGGCCGAGACACAAGAAUGCCUACUGCAGAAGAUGGCAGGUCAGGGUAUGGUGAUAAAAGGGUGGGCACCACCAUUGUUGACACUGAACCACAAAGCAGAGGAUGGAUUUCUGAGUCAUUGACUCAUUGUGGGUAG